GGACGGUAUUACCGGAUGUCCCUGAAAAUAAGUGAUCUAUCUAGGGAGUGAUCCAUUCGAGCCGCAGUCAGAAAUUUUUCUCCGUCGAGUGCAACGUUAUGCUAAAUCACCGUAUGAUCAAAAUGAGUUUUGGCUUGACUUCUUCGAUACUCGUCAUCCUUUUAUUCAAGUUUUUUACGCACGGCUUACCAGUCCAAGAGGAACUUUACGAAGGCAGCACUUGUAAGCUGGAGAACGGCAAGACAGGCGUGUGUAAAAAAAUAUACGAUUGCUCAUCCAGACUGCAAGAGGUAAAGGAGGGAAGAAGAAGUUCGGAUUCGACGGGACGUUGUGGCUUCCAAGAUUUCACAGAAAUCGUCUGUUGUUCGUUCAAUAUAACGGAGAAGAUAGGACUUCGACCAGCGGAGAUAGCAUGUCGCCAAUACGAGAACGAGAUCGGGACCGACAGUAAGGUGCGGGAGGUCGACGAUGACGACGACGACGACACACGUAGUGUGCAGUACAAUAUAUACGGCGGCACGCUAAGUGAGUCCGGAGAAUUCCCGUACAUGGUCGCCCUGGGGUACGAGAACGAAGACAAGGACGACGACGAUUCGGAUGCUAUCAAGUACACGUGCGGUGGCACGUUAAUUUCCUCGCGAUACGUGCUGACCGCUGCUCACUGCGUCAAUAACGUGCAGGAGAAAGUACCCAUAGAGGUGAGAGUCGGCAGCGAAGAUCUGAGGAACGUUGGGGAUGCGCAACGAAUACGCAUAAGUAACAUAAUAACGCAUCCACAGUAUAAGCGCAGCGUGAAUUACAACGACGUGGCUAUUCUGAAAUUAAGUACGCCUGUACGCGUGGCGAGCAACGUACGGCCGAUCUGUAUUCAAACGAAAUCUUUAGACACCAUGAAUAUACAGUCGAACACAAAGUUUAUCGUGAUUGGCUGGGGUGCUACCGAUCUUGGCGAAGAAGGCAGUACCAAAUUGAUGAAGACUCCGGGCCUCAGACUCAUAGAUAGGGAAUCGUGCGCCAAAUCAUUCACUGGUUUUGGUAAAUUACCCCGCGGGUUGGAAAAUAUGCUGUGUGCAUUGGAUACCAAUGUGACGAGAAGGGCGGACACUUGUCACGGGGAUAGCGGCGGACCUUUAUUAAUGCUCGUCGGGUCUAGUCACAGUAUUAUAGGAGUCACGGCUUUCGGACAAAGUUGCGGGGGAUCUACACCGGGAGUUUACACAGCGAUAUAUUCCUAUCUGGAGUGGAUCGAAGAAGAAGUAUGGCCGGAAAUGAUUGACGAAUGAUAGAUAACGAAUUAUCUCUCGCUUUCGCAAAAAACUUGUUGUCGACGACUUGACGAUCGAUCGGUGUGAUGACAUGAUUUUAAAUGUUAAAUGUUUAAAAACGAUUUGUUGUUACAAUAAUCUAGUCUAAUAUAUUGCACAUUUUAUACGAAUGUGUGUACGCGGCAUUUAUACUUCUCAAUUCCUAUCUUAAAAUACGCUUUUGCGAAUUUUUUACUUUUAUACAAUAAUUCUCCUCUUUCAAAUAUACUGUUCUGUAUGGAUAUGUGCUUCAAUAAAACGUGGACAUUC